AUGGAGCUGCUGGUUUCUCCUUUUGCAGACACAAGCCACCAGACCCGCUCCGUCUCCAGCCGCCCCUAUUACAGUUUGCCCAACAGCAGCCAUGAGAGACGCUCGGUCCUCGCUAUCACGGAGCCGCCACGUUUCCACUCCCAAGCCAAAGGCAAGAAUGUGCGCCUGGACGCUCACUCCCGCAAGGCCACGCGGAGGAACAGUUUCUGCAACGGGGUCACCUUCACCAACCGGCCCAUCCACCUCUACGAGAAAGUCAGGCUGAAGCUGGUGGCUGUGCACCACGGCUGGAGCGGGGCCCUACGCUUCGGCUUCACUAUUCAUGACCCAUCGCAGAUGAGCUCUGACGAGAUACCAAAGUACGCCUGUCCGGACCUAGUGACCCGACCCGGAUACUGGGCCAAAGCUUUGCCAGAGAGGUUUGCUGUGAGAGACAAUAUCUUGGCCUUCUGGGUUGACCGCCAUGGGAGAGUCUUCUACAGUAUUAAUGAUGAGGAGCCAAUAUUGUUUCACUGUGGUAUUAAAGUUUCCGGACCUCUCUGGGCACUCAUAGACGUCUAUGGAAUUACUCAUGAAGUGCAAAUACUAGAUAGCAUGUUUGCGGAGACCAUGACCACUGCCCGUCUCAGCACUGCCCGUCUCAGCACUUGCCUUCCACAGAGCAACCAUGAUUCAGCCAACUUCAAUAACAACGAACUGGAGAAUAACCAAGUGGUGGCCAAAAUUGCAAACCUAAACCUAAGUCGGGUUCCAGGACUUGCGACAGACAACCACAUCAUCCCCUGUUGCCCAAACCGACGGCAGCGAGCCCAGGGGGUCCCAGCCUUCCUGGACACAGACCUGCGAUUCCACCCCACCCGUGGACCUGACAUCACCUUUUCUCAGGACCGGAUGGUUGCAUGCACCAACUGGCAAGAAAGCAAUAGGACUUUGGUGUUUUCUGACCGGCCUUUGCAUAUCGGUGAAAGCCUCUUUGUGGAAGUAGGACAUCUUGGGUUGCCGUACUAUGGGGCCCUUUCAUUUGGCAUCACUUCUUGUGAUCCGAGUACUUUACGGACAAAUGAGCUCCCAGCAGAUCCAGACUUUCUUUUGGACCGCAAGGAGUACUGGGUGGUUUACCGAGCGUUCCCGGUCCUCAACAACGGCGACAUUCUCAGUUUCAUGGUCUUGCCGAAUGGAGAGGUGCACCACGGGGUGAAUGGAGCCAGCCGAGGAAUGCUAAUGUGCGUGGACACCUCACAGUCUCUCUGGGUGUUUUUUACAAUCCAUGGUGUAAUCAACCAGCUCAAAAUACUGGGCACUGUGCAGUCCAGCCCAGUGACCGUCUCUCCCUCAGGAUCCCCUGGCGGCUCGCAGUACGACAGCGACUCGGACAUGGCCUUCAGCGUGAACAGGUCGUCGUCUGCUUCAGAGUCAUCGCUCGUGACUGCUCCCAGCUCCCCCCUGAGCCCCCCCAUCUCUCCCGUCUUCCCCCCUCCAGAGCCAUCAAGCAGCAAGAACGGGGAAUGCACCGUCUGCUUUGACAGCGAGGUGGACACGGUGAUCUACACCUGCGGACACAUGUGCCUCUGCAACACCUGCGGUCUUAAGCUGAAGAAGCAGCUCAAUGCCUGCUGCCCAAUCUGCCGACGGGUCAUCAAAGAUGUUAUUAAAAUAUAUCGCCCUUAGCGCCCGGCUCGGGCUGUAGGAAGGGGGAACGCCGCUAGCAGUAACCAUGCCUUUCCGUCCCUGCUUAUGGGUUAUCGUGCUGGUCAGUCGUUAUCAAGUGGCUCGUUAUCUGUGUUUCCUUAUUUGACUAGUAGGGCACAAUUCAGGGAUAAAAUUGAGCUGAGGAUCAUGUGGGGCCCAAAGGCACGGCUGCCGUGCCGGCCAGGCUGUGUGCCCACGGGCAAAUCCGGGGAAUCGCGGUCUGGACCAGACCCAGCUGCAAAUGAGAAAUUUCCCAUGCAAAGGCUCUUUUUUUCCUCCUCCUCCUCCAGAGGAGGGGAGGAGGCUCGCUGUGGUGCGGAUC